AUGCCGUCCACAUCUGCGGCUCUGACGCCGGGAUUGACCUCUUUUCUCAAGUCGCUAAAGACGAACCCGAUCGACACAUCUAUUGACAAUUUGAUAUCAUUGCUUAAGCGAAGACAAAUCUGUCACUCCAGAUCAUGCGCUACUGCGACGGCCUACCUUCUUCUCCGUGUUAUCUCUGCCUGCAGAACGACAGAUGCGGCUAAGCUCAUCGAGCGGGUGCAGAAUGUUGGAAGGCGCCUGGUGGCCGCGCAGCCCCGCGAGAUGGUCGUUGGUAAUAUUGUCAGACGUGUGCUUGGUUUGAUCCGUGAUGAAGCAGAAGACGACCGGGAGGCCGAAUUCACCUUGAGCGAGGCGUCGGAAAGCCAGCCUCAGACCCCUCGUUUCAGCGAUGAUCGAUCUUCUAGACCAGCUCUGACUUCGUCCGGCAUUUCCAUGUUCAGUCUCCUUUCACACCCAGAGCCCGAACCAUCACUCCCCGGUACUCCGGCAUCAGACUCCCCCUCCGGUAGAUUUAUGGGACAUGGUCCUAAUAAGGACAUUCGUGCCGAGGUUCUCGACGGGAUCGGUGAAAUCAUCGAUGAGUUGGGACAGGUAGACGACCAAAUUUCGGCCUAUGCCCUCGAUCACAUCCACUCCAACGAGAUCAUUCUCACCCACACUUCGUCCUCCACUGUUCAAAAAUUCUUGCUCAAAGCGGCAGCCAAGCGGAAAUUCACCGUCAUCCAUGCCGAGUCAUACCCCAACAAUCACGAAGCGACCCAUGCCACCGUUAGUGGAAACAGCUUUGGUGAUGACGAACUCAUGAGCACCGAGUCAUUCCAGAAACCCUUAAUCGCCAUGGGUAUCACCGUGAUUCUGAUUCCCGACUCCGCUGUUUUUGCGCUCAUGUCUCGGGUCAACAAAGUUAUCCUGGGCACUCACUCCGUCCUUGCCAACGGUGGACUGGUCGCCGCGGCUGGCACCCGGGUAAUUGCCCGCGCAGCCAAGGUGCACCAGACCCCUGUAGUGGUGGUUAGCGGCGUGUACAAACUCAGCCCGGUAUACCCGUUCGACUUUGAAUCGCUGAUCGAGUAUGGAGAUGUCAGUAAGGUUAUCGGAUAUGAAGAUGGAGAUUUGGUGGACCAGCUCGAUGUCCAAAAUCCAUUAUACGACUAUGUUCCCGCAGAGCUGGUCGAUCUUUACAUUACCAAUUUGGGCGGCCAUGCACCAUCUUAUCUCUACCGCAUCGUGUCGGACCACUACCGCAAGGAGGACAUUACUUUCUAA